CCAUAUUUUUAACUAUUUUGUUAUUGGUUAUCAUCAUUUGCUUCUUCAAUAUCCUAUCUAUCCACUAAGAAACAGCUACAUCCAUGCAAAUCCUCCCUCAAUUCACUACCGACAACACCCUUCUUCCAGUUCACCUAGAAAACCAUACCAAACACCAUUCUCUCCCCAAUCCUCAAUGCAUGGCUUGUCUUCCCGUCACACCCAAGACACAACUACUUACUACCCAUUCAUAUUCAAACCCCCCAAUCCUCAACCACACCCCCAAACACAACUUCUUCCCAACAACCAACACCACACUCCAUCACCAAAUCUCAUUCCUCUGCAAAAACCUCAAACUCCAAGAAGCUAUAUCCACACUCUCCCAAUUACCACAACACACCCCCAUAGGCCCCGACAUUUACGGAGAACUUCUUCAAGGCUGCGUCUACGCUAGAGACCUCUCCUUAGGUCUUCAAAUCCACGCUCACCUCAUCAAAAAAGGUUCUUCCUAUUCAACAAAUGAAUUUGUCGAAUCGAAACUCGUCAUUCUCUACGCUAAAUGUAACCUCACCCGCGUCGCGGUUCAUUUCUUUCGCAAUGUGGUUAAAAACCAGAAUCUUUUCUCUUAUGCAGCCAUUGUUGGUUUGCAAGCUCGGAAUGGGCUUUAUAAAGAAGCAUUGUUGAGUUAUGUUGAAAUGAUGGAGAAAGGGUUUUGUCCGGAUAAUUUUGUUGUUCCGAAUGGUUUAAAGGCGUGUGGGGGUUUGCGGUGGAUUGGAUUUGGGAGAGGAAUUCAUGGGUUUGUUGUUAAGAUGGGGAAUGAGUUUGAUGGUUGUGUUUAUGUUGCGACGAGUUUGGUUGAUAUGUAUGGGAAAUGUGGGGUUUUGGAGGAUGCGGAGAAGGUGUUUGAUGAAAUGCCUAACAGAAAAAGGAAUGAUGUUGUUUGGAAUUCGAUGAUUGUGGGUUAUGUGCAGAAUGGAAUGAAUGUGGAGGCUGUUGGGUUGUUUGAAAAGAUGAGGUUUGAAGGUGGGGUUGAACCGAGCGAGGUUAGUUUGUCGGGGUUUUUUUCGGCUUGUGCUAAUUUGGAGGCGGUUGAGGAAGGUAAACAAGGGCAUGCUCUUGUUAUUUUAAUGGGAUUUGAGUUAAAUUAUGUUUUAGGUAGCUCUAUUAUGAAUUUUUAUUCUAAGGUUGGUUUGAUUGAGGAAGUUGAGUUGGUUUUUAGGAGUAUGGCGGUUUUGAAAGAUGAGGUGACUUGGAAUUUGAUGAUAUCUAGUUAUGUGCAGUUUGGAAUGUUUGAGAAGGCGCUUGAGAUGUGUCAUUGGAUGAGGGAGGAGGAAAACUUGAGGUUUGAUUGUGUGACGUUGUCUUCUUUAUUGGCUCUUGCUGCCGAUACAAGAGAUGUAAAACUAGGUAAGAAGUUGCAUGGGUUUUGCAUUAGAAAUGAGUUUUACUCUGACAUGGCUGUGUUGAGCGGCGUUUUAGAUAUGUAUGCGAAAUGCGGAAUAAUGGAUUGUGCAAGAGGAGUUUUUCAUUUUGCGGGGAAGAAGAAAGAUAUUGUGUUGUGGAAUACGAUGUUGGCAGCUUGUGCGGAGAAGGGUCUGAGUGGCGAGGCUUUGAAAUUGUUCUUUCAAAUGCAAAUGGAGAGCGUUCCUCCGAACGUUGUUUCGUGGAACUCUUUGAUUUUCGGUUUCUUUAGAAAUGGUCAGGUUGUUGAGGCUCAAGACAUGUUUUCUGAAAUGCAAUUGUCAGGUGUAACACCUAAUUUGAUCACAUGGACUACUAUGAUAUCUGGCUUGGCUCAAAAUGGUCUUGGUUAUGAAGCUAGUAGGGUUUUCCAGCAGAUGCAAGGUGCAGGGAUGCGUCCUAAUAGCAUAAGCAUAACUUCCGCACUAUCAGCAUGCACCAAUAUGGCAUUAUUGAAUUAUGGAAGGUCAAUUCAUGGGUAUGUUAUGAGGAAUUUCAUGUCUUUUUCUCUUCAAAUUACAACCUCUAUUAUUGACAUGUAUGCUAAAUGUGGAAAUUUGGAUGAUGCAAAGUUUGUUUUCAUUAUAUGUUCGACAAAGGAAUUGCCUGUGUACAAUGCAAUGAUAUCUGCUUAUGCCUCACAUGGUAAAUCGGCAGAAGCCCUUGCACUUUUUCAAGAACUGGUGAAACAAGGUAUAAUGCCAGAUCACAUCACUUUUACUAGUGUCUUGUCAGCAUGCAGCCAUGGGAGAUUGCUGAAGGAGGGCCUAGAGCUUUUCAAAUAUAUGGUGUGUGAACUCCAAAUGAAGCCAAGUGAGAAACACUAUGGUUGCCUAGUGAAACUCCUUACUAAUGAUGGCCAAUUAGAUGAAGCUCUUAGGAUUAUCUUGACAAUGCCAAGUCCUCCAGAUGCACACAUAUUAGGAUCUCUGCUUGCUGCUUGUGGACAGAACCAUGAGACUGAACUUGCAAAUUAUAUAGCAAAAUGGUUAUUGAAAGUAGAGCCAAAUAAUCCAGGGAACUAUGUAGCUCUUUCAAAUGUAUACGCAGCUUUAGGAAAAUGGGAUGAAGUAUCAAACAUACGGGGCUUCAUGAAAGAAAAGGGCCUAAAAAAGAUUCCUGGAUGUAGCUGGAUUGAAGUUGGACAAGAACUUAAUGUAUUUAUUGCUAGUGAUAAAUCACACCCUGAAAAGGAGGAGAUUUAUAAGAUACUGGAUUUGUUGGGAUUUGAAAUGUAUUAUGCAAAAUCUAACCCGCACCCAAUCAUUUUGCAACCGAGUUAACUUUGAUUUCUUUAUAUUUUUUACCCAACCAGAUCUGCUCGUUUGACCAAAGUAUCUAUUGCUUUAUACGGGUUUCAAGCAGGUCAGUCAUCUCUUAUCACCCUAUAAUCAAUUGGCAGUUCCCAUUUCACUCAAGAUUAAAAGAAGCAUUUGUGUUGUUCCAAGUAAGUAACCUCCAACAGUGGGUCAGUCGGAGGUUCCCUUUGAGGGUUUUGCAAUCCCCUGUAGACAUCGUGCUCAACCUGCCUCGCAUUCUUCCAGAUGUUGCUUGUUCAUCAUUUCCUCCAUACAUUUUGCACUUGGAGGACACCAUGAGAAACUUAAGAAGAAGGGUAGGGGUUCACCAAGGGGAAGACGAGAAAAGGAUGCCAAGAGAACAAAGAGAGAUUGAGAAGAUUGAAGUCAAGGUUGGGAAUUUUAUGCACUUUAUAAGUCGAUUUAUAGUGGGCUUUAUCAUCGUUUUUUUCAUGGUUUAGCAUAUCAGUGACACUAGCUAUUGUUCUUUUGAUUACUAUUGCUGGAGGCCUUUAUGCAUAUGUGAAUUUUGGGCUUAUUGCAAAUGUUGGUAAAUCAUAUCUGAGGGCGGGUGAAAUCACUCAGCAGGUGAUAGGAAAUGUGAGAGCUGUACAAACAAUUGGAGGAUAACAGUGAGCAGUGAUAUCAUACAAAGUGGCUCUGAGGAUCACAUAAGAAUGGUCGAAAAGCAUGUUUAGCAAAGGGUCUAAGACUAGGAUCUAUGCACCGUGUCCUUUUUCUCUCAUGGGAUCUCCUUGUUUCGUUCACCGUCAUUAUUGUUCUCAAGAAUGUCGCCAAUGACGGAGUGGCUCUCACUACCAUGCUCAAUGUUAGCUAUCUCCGGUCUGUAAGCCUCUGUUUUCAUUGUUUUGAAAUUGAUACCAGACAGAUAAUACUGUUGAUUGCAUGACACAAUCUUUUUUGAGUAAUUUCUUGAUAUAAUGAUAUGAUUAAACGAAACUAGUUUAGAGAAACUUUUUCACAAUCACUUGUAGAAGAAAAAGUUUGAAUUAUCUUUGAACGAAUGCAUGUUUUAAAAUUUGUACCGGAGAUCGAACAGGUGAGACCUUAGGGUUUCAAUCGAUUCAGUUGGUUCAACUAUGAUUCAACUAGAUAAAAAAUAUAAAAAUUAAAAUAAAAAACUAAAAAAAAAUGCAACAAGAACUGAUUAAACCAACCACGGUUUAUCUGGUUCAACAAACAAAGGUACAUACAUACAACUGAGAUCAAACCAACUGGCGAAUUUAACUAGCUGUUUCGGUUUGGUUUUUAAAACUUUUAAUAUAAUAUAUCAUAUCAAUAUUGAUCUAUAUCUCAAAAAGUAACUCUUAUAUUUAAACACCUCAGAAUUUUAGACACUCAUUUACCAUCUUAUUUUCUCCAUACCUCUCUUUUUCUAUCACAUUUAUCACAUCACUUUCUCUCAAGUUGUCUGACAACCAUUUUUCCCUCAAAAAAAGAAAAUUCGUAUCACAAAUAAUAACCAAUGUUGAAGUUUUCUUAGUUGAUUGACCAAUUCAUAUUUUCAACCCCAAGCCUCUGAAAACCUUAACAUGUUUCAUUGACAUUGACAUCUUAAGAAGAAAAGAGGAUGUCGAGAGUGACAAACUUUCUACCUAGCUACUAGAACCCACAACAACAUUAACAAAUGCCCAUGUCUCUAUUUUUAUCUCGUAUAGGACGAGAGGCGUUUACUUACUGGUUUACAACCAUGCAUGUUAUGACUUCAUACAUUAUUUUAACUAAUAAUUAAACCAACUAACCUAGUCAAUCAAUUAUAAACAAUGUAGGAAGAACAUGAGCCAGGUAUGCUUAUUUAUUACCAAUAUCAGCAGGCAAAUUUUUCAUGCCAAAGAGGUGCAAUUUCAAAAAUGAACCCAACCAAUCUUCAUAAACUGAAAGUUGCAGCUGAAGACGGUAGGAUAGACCUCCUCUAUGAAGUAAUUGAGGUUGACCCAUCUAUUUUAGAGAAUAUAGAUUCAAUACAGUUUGUCGAAACCCCUUUACACAUCGCCGCAUUUAAGGGCCAUCUCCGGUUUGCCAUUGAAAUUAUGAAUUUGAAACCUUCGUUUGCUUUGAAGCUUAAUCCGCAAGGAUUCAGCCCAACUCACGUAGCUAUUCAACAAAACCAUAAGAGAAUGGUGUUUUCUUUUGUAGGCAUGAACAAUAACCUUGUCAGAGUUAAAGGAAGAGAAGGUUGGACUCCUCCUCAUUUUGCAAGUCAUAAUGAAGAAGUUGACCUUUUAGCUAAGUUCCUUGUUGCUUGUCCUGAUUCUAUUGAAGACGUGACUGUGAGGGGUGAGACUGCUCUGCAUAUAGCUUUGAAAAAUAACAAAUUCAAGGCCCUUGAUCUUCUUGUUUGUUUUCUUAAGAGAAAUAGGAAGAGAGAUGCAAGAAAGUUAGAAUAUAGAACACUAAAUCAGAAGGAUGAGGAUGACAACACUAUUCUGCACAUUUCAGCGCUAUGUAACGAGCCAAAGGUGGUUCGAAUGUUGACAAAGAUGACUAGGAUAAAUAUGAAUACAAAAAAUUUGGAGAACAAAACAGCAUUGGACAUGGCGGUCAAUGUAGAGAUUAAGAAUAUAUUGAGGAAUGCUGGAGCAAAACCUAGCUCACAAGUCACGGAUGCUCCCACACUUGAACAAAGACUAUCAAGGACCCAGAUUAUACAUAAAGUGUUAACUUAUAUAAAUCGCAUUAGAAAUGAUGUAUUAGAGGAGCAACGCAACACUUGGAUGAUAGUUGCGACUCUUGUUGCAACAGCCAUGUAUCAAUCAGCAUUGACUCCCGUUGGUGGAGUUUAUCAGGUUAAUGCUAGUGACAAUAAUGUCAACAUUACUUCCUCUAAUUCUACAAUGUCUACCCCUAGAAAUGCUGGGAAAUCAAUAUUGUCUGGAGAAUAUUUCCUUAUAUUUUUAUUUUUGAACAUGCUUCCCUUUUUUAUGUCAACUAUAGCAGUAGUUAUUCUGAUACCAACUGGGUUCAUGUGUAGUCUACUGGCAACUCCAGUGGUUUCAUUUAUCGGUUGUUACCUCUUUUCUAUGUCGAGGAUAUCCCCUACACACACCAGUUCUAUGAUUUCCUACAUAGUUAUGAAUUUACUUGAGUUUGUUGCAGUUAUUGGGUUCAUUUUCAUGGUGUGUUCCAUCCUUCAUGAACACAUUGCUCGGAAUUUGCGUAGACCAUAGUUGAACCAUUGCUUCAAUAGGAUAAACACCAACGAAGGUUGUGGGUAUGAGAUAAAUGGUACGAUCGCAAAUCGGCGUUGGCCAAAUUUACAGACAACAAUAUCUCGAGUUAAUUUGCAAUUGCAAUUGUCAAUGUUAUCAUUGUUUUAGUUCAAUGUUAGAAAAUUGUAAGUCAAUGUAUUAAAUAUUUCAAGUAUAUAUGUAUUUCAUUCAAUGUA